AUCAUCACCCGUCCUCGUGCCUAUUUCCGGAUACAAGAUGAAACUCCGGCUUCUCACCUGGGACGUGAAAGACACGUUACUUCGCCUACGCAUUCCUGUUGGACAACAAUAUCAGGCCGAGGCCAACAGGAGAGGGCUUCAAGUAGAUCCAUCUGUGCUGGAGGCUUCUUUUCGACAAGUUUAUCAAAGCUAUUGGCGUCUCUUCCCCAACUAUGGCCUGUCUCAGGGAAUGACCUCUCACCAGUGGUGGCUGGACGUGGUCUCACGGACCUUUCACCUCUCUGGAGUCCAGGACAAGGGCACUGUACAGCCCCUGGCAGAAAAACUCUAUCAAGAUUUCUGCACUGCCAAGUAUUGGGAGGUGUUACCGGGUGCCAGGGAAGCUCUCCAGGGUUGCGGUGACCUAGGCCUUAAGAUGGCGGUUAUCUCCAACUUUGACCGCCGAUUGGAGGACAUCUUGAGGAACUGUGACUUGGACAGACAUUUUCAUUUUGUGCUGACUUCUGAGGGCGCUGGUUGCUCCAAGCCUGAUUUGAAGAUCUUUCGCAAAGCUUUAAGCCAUGCUGGUGUAUCACCUCAACACUCCGCCCAUAUUGGAGAUGAUUAUAAUAAUGACUAUAGAGCACCACGGCAAGUGGGAAUGUUCAGCUUUCUGCUCCAACCAGAUAGUGGCCGCCUUAAAGAACAGAUUCCGCCGGACCAUGUAAUAUAUUCACUUGAUCAGCUUGUUCCUAAGAUUCAGAGAGUUAUGUCAUAG